GUCUAUCAAGCAGUUCUGACUGAUUAAACCGACAAAGGAGACGCAGCGAUGGAGUGGCAAAACCUGUAGGAAACAAAAAAAAACACAAAGGAUCAAAGUCUAUCAUAGUCCAACCCACCCGAAAAUCUCGUCGCAGUUAUCCGCUUUUUCACCUCUGAUAAAUAGUAAUGGAAGACGAAGGGCAAUCAUUCUGUGGUUUGGUUGACUUAGUUUAGUUUUUAAGUUGUGUGGGGGUUUAAUUGGGAUCGCAUUCAGCUUCAAAGUGAACGUUUUGCGCUGGAUAUGAAAUCUGAAGUUUGGACUUGAAGCUGAGUGCUUGAAAUUUUGGAGAAAAUGAAGGCGGGGAGCGCAGCCAAGUUGAUUGUUGAUGCUUUGCUGCAGAGAUUCCUUCCGCUUGCUCGGCGCCGGAUUGAAACCGCUCAAGCUCAAGAUGGACAGUACCUUCGGCCAUCAGACCCAGCCUAUGAACAAGUACUGGAUUCCUUGGCUAUGAUUGCACGACACACUCCUGUACCUCUGCUUGAGGCUCUCCUUAGAUGGAGAGAAAGUGAAUCUCCCAAAGGUGCAAAUGAUGCAUCAACAUUUCAGAGAAAGCUUGCAGUGGAGUGUAUCUUUUGCUCCGCUUGUAUUCGCUUUGUGGAGUGUUGUCCACAAGAAGGACUAACAGAGAAACUAUGGAUUGGGCUUGAAAAUUUUGUAUUCGACUGGCUAAUCAAUGCAGACAGGGUUGUUAGUCAGGUGGAAUAUCCUUCAUUGGUUGAUUUAAGGGGGCUUCUUCUAGACCUAGUUGCACAACUCCUUGGUGCUCUCUCACGGAUCAGAUUCAGUUCUGUGACUGAGCGUUUUUUCAUGGAAUUGAAUACACGCCGAAUAGAUACUAGUGUUGCUCGAAGCGAAACGCUUAGUAUCAUAAAUGGAAUGCGCUAUCUAAAACUUGGGGUUAAGACAGAGGGUGGAUUGAAUGCUUCAGCUUCCUUUGUGGCUAAAGCCAACCCUCUCAAUCGUCCUGCUCAUAGGCGCAAGAGUGAACUUCAUCAUGCAUUGUGCAAUAUGCUGUCAAAUAUUCUAGCACCAUUGGCAGAUGGUGGCAAAGGCCAAUGGCCUCCUUCAGGAGUAGAGUCAGCACUUACUCUAUGGUAUGAUGCUGUGGCACUAAUAAGGGUACAGCUUAUGCAUUGGAUGGACAAACAGAGCAAACAUAUAGCUGUUGGAUAUCCUUUGGUUACACUUCUUCUGUGCCUCGGUGAUCCUAUUGUUUUCCUCAGUAACUUUGGUCCUCACAUGGAACAAUUGUACAAGCAUCUAAAGGACAAAAACCUGCGCUUCAUGGCCUUAGAUUGUUCACAUCGCGUUAUGAGGUUUUACUUGAGUGUCCAUGGUGAUUCCCAACCUAAAAACCGUGUAUGGGACUACCUCGAUAGUGUGACAUCGCAACUGCUGACAGUUCUACGGAAAGGCAUGCUUACUCAGGAUGUUCAACAUGAUAAACUAGUUGAAUUUUGUGUAACCAUUGCUGAUCAUAACCUUGAUUUUGCAAUGAACCAUAUGAUACUUGAAUUGCUUAAGCAAGAUAGUCCAAGCGAAGCAAAAGUUAUUGGUCUUCGUGCUUUGCUUGCCAUUGUCAUGUCCCCAAACAGUGAACACAUUGGCUUGGAAAUCCUUCAUGUUCGUGGUUGUGGCCACUAUGUUCCGAAAGUCAAGGCUGCAAUUGAAUCUAUUUUAAGAUCAUGCCAUAGGACCUAUAGUCAGGCUCUUCUGACAUCUUCAAGGACCACAAUAGAUGCUGUUACAAAGGAGAAGUCCCAGGGAUAUCUUUUCCGGUCAGUCCUAAAGUGCAUACCAUAUCUGAUUGAAGAAGUUGGUCGAACUGAUAAAAUUACCGAGAUAAUACCUCAACAUGGCAUCAGUAUUGAUCCAGGUGUGAGGGAGGAAGCUGUACAGGUACUGAACCGGAUUGUAAGAUACCUGCCACAUCGUCGUUUUGCAAUUAUGAGAGGGAUGGCAAACUUCAUUCUACGUCUUCCUGAUGAGUUCCCUCUUCUCAUUCAAACACAAUUGGGGCGUCUUCUAGAUCUCAUGCGCUUUUGGAGAGUAUGCCUAUCUGAUAGUAAAAUAGAUUCUGAUACUCCAGAGGCAAAGCCUGCGCAGAGAACUGAGGGAUUCAAGAAGUCUUCUUUCCAUCAUCCACAAGAGGCAAUUGAACGUGCUUCAGAGAUAGAUGCUGUUGGUCUUAUUUUCCUAAGUUCUGUGGACAGCCAGAUCAGGCAUACAGCAUGGGAGUUACUACGUUUUGUCCGUGCUUUGCGAAAUGAUAUACAAGAACUUUCAAUUCAUGAUACCUCAGAUUCUGAUCGUAUCAUGAGAAAUGAGGCUGAUCCUAUAUUCAUAAUUGAUGUUUUAGAAGAGCAUGGGGACGAUAUUGUUCAGAGUUGCUAUUGGGAUUCUGGCCGUCCUUUUGAUAUGAGACGAGAGUCUGAUCCUAUACCUCCUGAUGUUACUCUCCAGUCUAUCCUGUUUGAGAGCCCAGAUAAGAACCGAUGGGCUCGAUGUCUUAGUGAGCUUGUGAAAUAUGCUUCUGAGCUCUGCCCAAGCUCUGUUCAGGAGGCAAAAUUGGAAGUUAUUCAACGUCUAGCUCACAUCACACCUGUUGAACUGGGUGGGAAGGCUCACCAAUCUCAAGAUACAGACAACAAGCUAGAUCAAUGGCUAAUGUAUGCAAUGUUUGCAUGUUCGUGUCCAUCUGAUAGUCGGGAGGGUGGUGGUUCAGCAGCAAUGAAAGAAUUAUUCCAUGUUAUAUUCCCAUCAUUGAAGUCUGGUUCUGAGGCACACGUACAUGCAGCAACUAUGGCCCUUGGCCGAUCACAUCUGGAAAUAUGUGAAGUCAUGUUUAGUGAGCUUGCCUCUUUCAUUGAUGAGGUCUCUUUGGAGACAGAAGGGAAGCCAAAAUGGAAGAGUCAAAAAAAUCGGCGUGAAGAACUUCGUAUCCAUAUUGCGAAUAUAUACCGCACUGUUGCUGAGAAUAUCUGGCCUGGAAUGCUGGCUAGAAAGCCAGUUUUUCGUCUGCACUACUUAAAGUUUAUUGAAGAAACCACUAGACAAAUAUUAACAGCACCUCCUGAGAACUUCCAGGAGAUUCAGCCCCUUCGUUAUGCACUUGCUUCUGUAUUGAGAUCUCUGGCCCCUGAAUUUGUUGAGUCAAAAUCUGAGAAAUUUGAUAUUAGAACAAGAAAGAGACUAUUUGAUCUUCUGCUCUCCUGGACUGAUGACACUGGCAGUACAUGGUCUCAGGAGAGUGUUAGUGAUUAUCGACGUGAAGUUGAGCGAUACAAGUCCUCUCAACACUCUCGAUCUAAAGAUUCUAUAGACAAGCUUUCAUUUGAUAAAGAAUUGAGUGAGCAGGUUGAAGCAAUCCAGUGGCAGUCCAUGAAUGCAAUGGCUUCACUACUGUAUGGUCCUUGCUUUGAUGAUAAUGCAAGAAAGAUGAGCGGCCGUGUAAUAUCUUGGAUUAAUAGCCUAUUCAUUGAACCUGCACCAAGGGUGCAAUUUGGCUAUUCACCAGCUGAUCCUAGGACUCCAUCUCAUUCGAAAUACACUGGGGAAGGUGGUCGAGGAGCGAAUGGACGUGACAGGCACAGAGGAGGGCACCUUCGGGUUUCACUUGCAAAACAAGCAUUAAAAAAUCUUCUCAUCACAAAUUUGGAUCUGUUUCCUGCUUGCAUUGAUCAGUGCUACUACUCCGAUGCUGCAAUUGCUGAUGGCUACUUCAGUGUGUUGGCUGAAGUGUAUAUGCGCCAAGAGAUCCCAAAAUGUGAAAUACAGAGACUACUAAGCCUGAUACUCUACAAGGUGGUGGAUCCUUCCAGACAAAUUCGUGAUGAUGCCCUCCAAAUGCUUGAAACUCUUUCUGUGCGUGAGUGGGCUGAGGAUGGCAUCGAGGGCUCUGGAAAUUAUAGAGCUGCUGUUGUUGGAAACCUCCCUGAUUCAUAUCAGCAGUUCCAAUACAAACUCUCUUGCAAACUUGCUAAAGAUCAUCCUGAAUUGAGCCAACUACUUUGCGAAGAAAUUAUGCAAAGGCAGCUUGAUGCUGUAGAUGUGAUUGCACAGCAUCAGGUCCUAACCUGCAUGGCUCCAUGGAUAGAGAAUCUUAAUUUUUGGAAAUUGAAGGACUCUGGAUGGAGUGAAAGAUUACUGAAAAGCCUAUAUUAUGUGACGUGGCGACGCGGCGAUCAGUUUCCAGAUGAAAUAGAAAAGCUUUGGAGCACAAUUGCUAGCAAACCUAGGAACAUAAGUCCAGUUUUAGAUUUCUUAAUUACCAAGGGAAUCGAGGAUUGUGAUUCAAAUGCAUCAGCCGAGAUAAGUGGUGCAUUUGCUACAUAUUUCUCUGUUGCAAAACGGGUUAGUUUAUAUUUAGCUCGUAUUUGCCCUCAGCGAACUAUUGAUCACUUGGUGUACCAAUUGGCUCAGCGGAUGCUUGAGGAUACUGUUGAACCUUUGAGGCCUAGUGCAAAUAAGGGAGAUGGAAAUGGAGUUGUCUUGGAAUUUUCUCAGGGCCCAUCUAUAGCUCAAGUUGCAAAUGUUGUGGACAGCCAGCCUCACAUGUCACCAUUAUUAGUUCGCGGAUCUUUUGAUGGGCCACUCAGGAACGCUAGUGGAAGCUUGAGCUGGAGAACAGCGGGAGUAGGAGGCAGGAGUGCUUCAGGACCAUUGAGCCCUAUGCCACCUGAAAUGAACAUUGUUCCUGUAAGUGCUGGUCGGUCUGGCCAACUUCUUCCAGCUCUGGUGAAUAUGUCAGGGCCAUUGAUAGGGGUCCGGAGUUCAACUGGUAGUCUACGAAGUCGCCACGUCUCUCGAGACAGUGGCGACUACCUUAUAGAUACACCAAACUCAGGUGAAGAUGGUUUGCAUUCUGCGACUGGCAUGCUUGGCGUGAAUGCAAAAGAACUUCAGUCAGCCUUGCAAGGGCAUCAACAACACUCUCUCACUCAUGCAGAUAUCGCAUUAAUUCUACUUGCGGAAAUUGCUUAUGAAAAUGAUGAGGAUUUCAGAGAACAUUUGCCUUUGCUCUUCCAUGUCACAUUUGUCUCUAUGGAUAGUUCAGAGGAUAUUGUGUUGGAGCAUUGCCAACACCUACUCGUCAAUCUUCUCUAUUCCCUUGCGGGUAGGCACUUGGAGUUGUACGAUGUUGAAAGUAGUGAUGGUGAGAACAAACAGCAGGUCGUGAGCCUCAUCAAAUAUGUCCAGUCAAAACAGGGAAGUAUGAUGUGGGAAAACGAGGACCCCACUGUCGUAAGAACAGAAUUACCAAGUGCAGCACUCUUGUCUGCUCUUGUUCAGAGCAUGGUAGAUGCUAUCUUCUUCCAAGGAGAUUUGCGUGAAACAUGGGGAGCCGAGGCACUGAGAUGGGCUAUGGAGUGCACAUCGAGACACCUUGCUUGCCGAUCACAUCAGAUUUACCGUGCACUGCGGCCUCGUGUGACGAACGAUGCAUGUGUGUCUCUGCUACGUUGUCUUCACCGGUGUUUGGGAAAUCCAGUACCAGCUGUUUUAGGUUUCAUUAUGGAAAUCGUAUUGACAUUACAGGUGAUGGUAGAGAAUAUGGAGCCAGAAAAGGUGAUACUGUACCCCCAACUUUUUUGGGGCUGUGUUGCUAUGAUGCAGACAGAGUUUGUUCAUGUUUACUGUCAGGUGCUGGAACUCUUUUCUCGGAUAGUUGGUCGCCUAUCAUUCCGGGAUAGAACUACAGAAAAUGUGCUUCUUUCUAGCAUGCCUCGAGAUGAGCUUGAUUCUAGUGCUAGUGAUAGUUCUGACUUUCAACGCCUGGAAACAAGGAAUGCUUCUACACCCUCACCAAACAGCAAAAAGGUCCCGGUGUUUGAAGGAGUGCAACCGUUGGUUCUUAAAGGACUUAUGUCAACUGUCAGUCACGGUGUGUCAAUUGAAGUUCUAUCGCUCAUCACCGUUCCUUCGUGUGAUUCAAUCUUUGGCGAUGCAGAAACACGACUCUUGAUGCACAUAAUCGGAUUGCUUCCCUGGCUCUGCUUACAUCUCAGCCAGGAUGCGGUGGGUGGACCUGCAACCCCAUUCCAACAGCAGCAUCAAAAGGCAUCCUCGGUUGCAACCAAUAUAGCGGGAUGGUGUCGGGCAAAAUCAUUGGAUGAGCUAGCUGCAGUUUUCAUCUCGUAUUCACGUGGUGAGAUCAGAAGCAUAUUGAACCUUCUAGCCUGCGUUUCACCACUAUUAUGCAACGAAUGGUUUCCUAAACACUCAGCUCUAGCAUUUGGCCACCUUUUGAAGCUCCUCGAGAGAGGGCCACCAGAAUAUCAGCGCGUUAUACUCCUGAUGUUGAAGGCGUUACUUCAGCACACUCCAAUGGACGCUGCUCAGAGUCCUCACAUGUACGCCAUUGUAUCUCAGCUGGUGGAGAGCACUCUGUGCUGGGAGGCACUUAGCGUGCUGGAAGCCCUCUUGCAGAGCUGCAGCUCCAUGCCCGGGUCCCAUCCACACGAGCCAGGGACAUUCGAGAAUGGCCUUGGUGGGAUCGAAGAAAAGAUUCUCGCUCCUCAGACUUCCUUCAAAGCUCGCAGUGGCCCAUUACAGUUCCCAAUGGGAACUGCCACUGGAACAGGUUCCGCUCAAGCAGGCCAAGCUAACACAACCGAAUCUGGCCUAACACCUCGAGAUAUAGCACUGAAGAACACAAGGUUGAUGCUCGGGAGGGUGCUCGAUUGCUCUCCCCUCGGGAGGAGGCGAGAUUACAGAAGAUUGGUUCCUUUUGUAACCAGCACUGGAAAUCCUUGAACCGGCCUAUAAUUUUGUUUCCUCCAGUUACUUUUUGUUUAAACUGGACACAAUAUUCAGAAACAGGGUGCUCUCUUUGUAUAUAUAGAAGAUUUCUCUAGGAUUUUAGCUGUGUUUGAUGUAGUUAGUUAUAUCAUAUUUAGCUGUCUGUAAAACCAUUGAUUGUAAUUUAUAUUUAGUUUAAAUGAAUGUCUAAGCUUUUCUAAA